GUGUCAUUUUUCACACCCUUCUUUUCAUUCGCCGUGAAAGUGGCACAUACGUAUAACCCGCUUUUAUAGGGCAAACCAACUGCUCAUGCUCCUUACCACCAGAACAACAACUUAUAACCACGACCAAAGCAGCAAAUCAUGACAGACCAACUCCGUGAUCAACUGCACUUUGGCAUUGCCUCGGCCUCUCUUGGCCUUAACCCCAUCCACACUUUUGAGAACAAGUUUCAAGCAUUGCAAAAAGCCGGGUUCAAGUUUUGUGAAGUUGACUUUGGGAGUUAUAUGACUUGGGUUAGGGAUCAGAAACCUGAUCUGCCAGAAUCAACGUGCCCGCCCGAGUGGUCCGAAGCCAAUGAACCUGAUCCAUCCGACGAAGAAAUAUGGCAAGCCCUCUACUCUCUUGCCCCUGACUUUGUCCGCCUGGCAAGGAAAUAUGGCGUAAAAGUCGUAGUGCUCCAACCUCUUAAUCAGUUUGAUGGGUGGCCGGCGGGCACGGAAAGGGCAAUGUGGGUAAGGAGAAAGGCCGAAAGAUGGUUACCUUUGUGCUCCAAAUUAGGUGUAGAAUUCUUGCAGGUAGGAUCAAACGAUUGGGCAGAAGCCUGCGCACCUGACGCUAAGACGGCCGGAGAUAUGCGUUGGAUAGCCGAGCUUGGCGCCAGGCAAGAUCCCCCCGUCAAGAUCGCAUAUGAACCGUGGUGUUUCUCUGAUUUGCGUGGUGAAUGGGAGGAAUGUUACAAGACUGUUCAACAAGCCAAUCACCCCAAUCUCGGCCUCUGCCUCGACACCGCCCAACUAGCACUCGCCAAACCUUACGGCUGGAACCCCACCACCGGCCAAGGCUGGGACCGCGUCUCCUACGAAGGUAUGAUCAGCCGUCUCGCCUCCCUUCCUCCCGAAAAAAUCUUUUAUGUCGAACUUUCCGAUGUGCUUAACCCUAAAGCUACUAAACCCCUGUAUCAAGGCUCUCCUUUCGAUGAGUUUGGGAAGAACGAUAAGAGUGGGAAGAAUGAGAGGUUUAUUUGGGUGAGGUGUGCGAGGCCCGUACCGCUUGUGGGGCCCAAUGGGGGCAUGGAUGAGAGGCCGGAAGGGAUGGAGGAGGAUGGGGCGAGAGUGGUAGAAACGUUAAAGGCGAUCAUGAGUACCGGAUGGAGGGGAUAUACGUUUUUUGAAGUAUUUGAAUGCCUCAAGAUGGAGCCUGAAGAUGAGGACAUACCAGAUCGGUAUGCGAGCGCAUGCAAGAAGUCGAGCGAGAUGAUCCUUCAUGUUGUUGCGGACCUCAAGUAACACAUGACGGCGCUCCUUAUGGCUAGGAUAAGGGAUGGGAUGGAAAAGUAAGAAGAAUACCAAAUACUUUGAUAUGAUACGAUGGAUGAAAGGAAAUGGUAAUUUGCAGCUUGAACGAAAGACGAAUAAAGUAGUAGCGUGAGGUAUCACUACCAAUAAUAAUCGGACAACAGAUGGAAAUGGUAGGCACAGCUCAGCUAGGGCUAGUUCUGACCGAGAGGAUUGAAGAAGGCGCAUUCUGUGAGAGAAACGAUCAAACAGUUUUACUCUUUCAAAUGUCGAAAUCAUCGCCUUACUAAAGUCAGCCAUCGUAGGGAUGUCAUUUUUUUUGUAAAAUGCGGUGUUAGUCUGAGUCGCGACGAUGGAG